UUGGCGAGCGGGGGUAACGACAAUCGGGUGAAUAUUUGGGACGCAAGAGCAAGCACUCCAAGAUUAACAAAAAAACAAUCAUGUUACUGUUAAUAAGGCUUUAUCAUGGUGCCCUUGGCAAAGUCAUAUUCUUGCUUCAGGAGGAGGUUCUUAUGAUCGGCAUAUUCAUUUCUGGAACGUGAGCUCUGACGCUCGUGUAAAAUCUAUUGAUACAGGAUCUCAAGUGACUUCGAUCAUUUGGUCCAAAGAUUUUAAAGAACUUUUAUCAACUCAUGGAUUUCCGAAUCAUAAUAUGACGAUUUGGUCUUAUCCUACUCUAAAUAAAACUGCCGACAUUCCAGCUCAUGAAUCUGGUAUCUUACACUCGACUAUCAGUCCUUAUAAUCAAGUAGUUGCCACGGCAGCAAGUGAUGAAAAUUUGAAAUUUUGGAGGGUAUUUCAAAACGCAAGAAAAAAUGAAAAAUCUAAAAACAGUGAUAAAGAAAAUACAGGAUCUGUCCUUGGCGGAUGUAUAAUUCGUUAA